AUGUUACCAAUAGCUCUAUCCCUACUGCUGGCAAUUACUUUUACACGAGCAGCACCUGUGGAACAAGACAAUCUCGCCUUUGCUGCGGAAGUUCUUGGAUCAGUGACACCUCAGCAGAUGUCUUGUCUUCGUGACGCUAACUACAGAGUCGCGCUUGUCGAGGCAUACACCGAUGGCCAGUUCAUUCCGGAUUCCAUUCCUAAUGCAUGGUUCGCUGUCACAACUGGUAUGGGUGUCGAGAUCUACAUGACACCAAAUGCCCUGCACUCAAAGACCGCCAAACAACAAGUCGAUGAGACUAUCCAGGGACUCAUCUCAAAAGGAUUGACAAUCAAGCAACUUUGGGUUAAGAUCACGGACGUUUCGAAAUGGACUCCGAGCAUUAUGUUCAACGAUAACUUCCUUGGCGAAGUGAUGGCUGCCAUUAACGCGCACGGAAGAAAAGUCGGAAUCAUCACUAACUCUGCUGCUUUCUAUGAAAUCACCCCUGGACUAGGUUACUAUAUGCACAACGUCAAACUCUGGUACGGUAACUCUAAGCUAGUAACAUGCGAUCGAGUGGAGGAGAAUCAGACGGCAAACUUCAACGAUUUCAAGUCGUUCGCUGACUGGACUAAGCCUGAUGCAAAAGAGUGUUGUGUUGGAAGAAAAUUAUGCGACAUCACCGUUAACAGCAACGUAGUGUCAAAGGAUUCGAUCUGGACUCCACCCUCUUAG